GUACCUGUACCAACCAGAAAUUUGAUGAUGCUAUCAAGAGGAAUGGUGAAGUUAUCGAGUCCUUCAAAGAGAUGGCAUUAGAUUGGAAAGUCCCAGAUCCUACCAACAGAUACUGUAAUCCAGGUGUCUCAGAACCAGUUGAGAUUGAAGAUCAUCAGCACUGUGAGCCUUCCAAUCUGUGUAAAAUCAUCUGGAACUUGACCGAGUGCCACAGCGUGGUCCACCCACAGCCCUACUACGAGGCGUGUGUGGCCAGUGGGUGCUCAGAACGGCACCCCAGCUCUGAGUGCCAGAGUGUGCAGACAUAUGCAGCGUUGUGUGGGCUCCACGGGGUCUGCGUGGACUGGAGGAGGCAGGCGAAUGGGCAGUGCGAGGCCAGCUGUUUUCAGGAUCAGGUAUACAAGCCAUGCGGGGAAGCAAAAAGAGACACUUGCUUCAGCAGAGGAGUCAUUACAGAAACCCUUCCAUCCCAAAAUAACACACCAGUGUUUGUUGAGGGAUGCUACUGUCCUGAUGGAAAAAUUCUGCUGAAUGAUCAUGAUGGCAUUUGUAUUUCCGUUUGUGGUUGCACUGCACAAGAUGGGUCAGUGAAACAGCCUAGAGAGGCUUGGGAGCAUGACUGUCAAUACUGUACUUGCGAUGAAGAGACCUUGAAUAUCUCUUGCUUCCCCCACCCUUGUGCAAAAUCUCCACCUAUCAACUGCACUAAAGAGGGCUUUGUACACAAAAUUAAAACACGUCUGGAUGACCCAUGCUGCACAGAGACAGUCUGUGAAUGUGAUAUAAAAGCCUGCAUUAUCAACAAAACAGGAUGUGACUUAGGCUUCCAACCAGUGGUUGCUAUAUCUGAGGAUGGUUGCUGUCCUGUUUUCUCCUGUAUACCAAAAGGUGUAUGUGUUUCUGAAGGAGUUGAAUAUAAGCCUGGGGCAAUGGUGUCUAAAAGCUCUUGUGAGGACUGUGUGUGCACAGAUGAACAGGAUGUUGUGACACAGACCAACCAUAUCCAGUGUGUUCCAGUGAAAUGCCAAACCACCUGCCAGCAGGGUUUCCGCUAUGUGGAAGAGGAGGGUCAGUGCUGCAGCCAGUGCCAGCAAGUGGCAUGUGUGGCAAAUUUCCCAUUUGGCAAUGUGACCAUUGAGGUUGGAAAGAGUUAUAAAGCUCCAUAUGAUAACUGUACUCAGUACACGUGCACUGAAUCAGCGGGCCAGUUUUCCUUGACUAGCACAGUAAAGGUCUGCCUACCAUUUGAAGAAUCAAACUGUGUCCCAGGGACAGUUGAUGUGACUUCAGAUGGCUGUUGUAAGACAUGUAUCGAUCUGCCGCAUAAAUGCAAACGCAAUGUGAAAGAGCAGUAUAUCGUCCACAACAACUGUAAAUCAGCUGCUCCAGUCCCAGUGCCCUUUUGCGAAGGGACGUGCAGUACCUAUUCUGUGUAUUCCUUUGAGGCCAAUGAAAUGGAACACAAAUGCAUUUGCUGCCAUGAAAAAAGGAGUCAUGAAGUGAAGGUGGAACUGGUUUGCUCUGAGCAUAAGACAGUCCAAUUCACAUAUAUUCAUGUAGAUGACUGCGGAUGUGUGGAAACAAAAUGCCCAAAGAGGAGAACAUGAGCAUAAACUAAAAGAAACAUUUCAGAUCCCAUUUAAUGCUUCCCUAGCAAAUGCUUCCCCUAUAAAACAACUGUGAGUAACCUUCAAAUGAUCAUACUUCACUCUUGUUCUUUUUCCUUUUAGUAUUAUAUGCAGUUAUGGAAAUUAGCUGAAGAUUUUGCUCUAAAUGCUUGUAGAAUAAAUUGCAU